AUGUUCAUGCCCCUUGUGCACCAAGCGUUCCAUGUCCACACAGGCUCUUACCCAAGGUUUGAGAACGUCCCAUAUCUUCCAUUCAUCGUCUCUGCUACACAGAACACAUAUCGGUAUAUCCACAUUGCAUCCGCCAUUCAAAUCCUUAGCGUAGAGGAUCUGUUCGUUGGCAGAAUUCCCAAGACGCCUCUUCCUCUCGACUCCGUGCUCCUCGAAGCCCUCUUGCAAUCUCUCAAGGCACUUCCUGACCAGGUAUGCUGGUGGCGCGAAGCACUGGAAGCCGGCCGUGAAGAUGCAUGGGAGCUCAAAUACCUCGACGCAAAUUCGCCAUACCUGCAGUCCAUUCUAUCGCGGCUGACUGACCCAAAUGACCCUCUCACAGGUCUUACCCAGCUAUCAGAGCUGAACUUCAGCCCUCAGAUGCCUGUUGAUUGCUCAUAUCUAUCUAGCUUCAUACCGUGUACCCAGCUCCCUUCAAUACGGAAGAUUCGCCUCGUUAGAGCCAUUGAUAACUACCAACCCCCAUCAUUCACAGAAGAAGGCGAUGCAACCGACUUGCUUGACGCAUCAUCUCUUUCCCCGAUCCUUCCGGUGUAUCAAUCUUAUUUCCACUCCGACCUAACGCACCUUACCCUCCACGGCUGCUCCACCAUUGCAACACUCCCAAGCCUCCUUACACGCCUCCCCAAGCUCAAGUCCCUCAUCUACCGCCACUACGACAGAGGACUCCCACAAGUCAAUACGCAAGCAACCACCGACCAUACCAACCAGAAUGCUGGGAUCAGUACCUCAAUGCGCCAGGCAUCACCCGUUGCUCAAACACAGUAUGUCGCUACUUCAACACCGACCAAUAUCUUGAACCCAGUUGAGCUGUACCAGGGUCUGACUGAAGCGUCGUGCAACUCCCUUCAAGAACUCUGGGUGACUGUCGAGAGAUCUCUCCGUAUGAAGGAAUACGAGAGACGUACGCAGGACCUUCCAGGAAUCCCUAUCGGGGACCUAAGGGUAUUUCACUCGCUACGGCAGGUGCGGAUUCGUGUGGAUAAUCUCCUAGCAGUGGUGCGGAAUGGUGGCAGUCCCCAAAACGGCCAUUUCUCCAAUGUCUGGGCGAGUAAUAAUCUAUGGGAUGUCUUACUUUUGAGUUUGGAAGGACUGUUUCUGGAGGAUUGUGAUCGGGGAAUAUUGCCUGUGCUAGCGAGCCAACUGAGGCAGGUAUUGGAGAGUCAGGUAGGAAUGAAGGAGUAUGUGUUGUUCCCUUUGAUGAAGUCUGUCGUGUUGCAGCAGCCGAUCGAUGAGGUGGACCGCGUGCCUUUCGUGUGUCCACCGAAUAUACCCCACUAUUCCCUGGAGGCGUUUCAGCUGGAAUAUAAUCAUCGGAAGGCCGCGAAUGAUAUUCAGCCGGAUAUAUACGCUCUGUUGAUGGCGUUAAAGAAGAGAUUUACUACGUUUGAUCUGGAACUGAAGGUGCUUGAUAAAUGGGACAGAGACGAGACUUUCCCUACGUAG